AAAACAUUAAACUCAAAUCUUUCUUAAUUGAAGAAGAAUACUGUCUUAAAACUUCACACAUGGACAAAAAAGGAAUUUCGAUACUUACAACAUCGGCUGUUAUUUUGCUGUUGUUUCGUUGUAUGCUCAUGACUGAAGGUCGCACGUCUAUGGGCUACCAGUUCCUGUUCCUACAAACCAAGACGGCACUGGAUGUGACCGAGACGGCUUACCGUACAAUAAAGGCAAACCAGACGGCAGUCGAAGCAUUGAGAGGAGGUUUUGGUGUAUCUGAGUGUUGGAACUACACUUUGGAUGAGGAUGAGAGACUGGCUGACAAUUACGGCCGUUUAAACAUCUUCAAACGUUAUGCCAAAGAUUUAAACAUCACCAUUGAUGUUAUUGUUUCGCUUGGAAAUGUUCAACGCGCCAUCAAACACAAGCGUAAAAGUCUUGGCUUACCUCGCAUACAAUCCACAACAACCCAUGUAUCCAACAUGAAUAUCAGCAAGAAAAACAUGGACGUAAUCCAGGCAGCUCUUCUUUCAAACUUGGAGAAAAAUCUCUUCUUGAUGCUGAACGAUUUUGAUCUGCGUUCGCAAAAAACAGCAUGAAAACUUUGCAUGUGUUAUUAUUUCAUAGUUUCAUCGUAUCGAUGUUCAUAAAGUAAAGCUUUGUAAGUUAAAAAAAAAAGUUGUAAAACAGUAUUCAU